CUAGCGCCGACGCACAAGCAGCAGAGGCUGCCGCAGAUGCAGGCUCUCCGCACCGGCCUCCAGCGCGCCGCGCCGCAGCUGCAGCAGACCCUCUCGAGGGGCUUGCGCGUGUCUGCGCCUGCCGCCGCCAAGAAGGGGCAGGCGUUGGUGUCGGAGCUGUCGUCCAUCAUCGAGUCCAAGCUGCUGGACUAUGGCGGCGAGGUGCAGCUGGAGGAGAUAGGCAAGGUGCUCGCGAUCGGCGACGGCAUCGCGCGUGUGUACGGCCUGCAGUCGGUGCAGGCGGGGGAGAUGGUGGAGUUCGACUCGGGGCUGCGUGGCAUGGCGCUCAACCUGGAGAACGACAACGUCGGCGUCGUCGUGUUUGGCAACGAUCGUGCCAUCAAGGAGGGCGACACCGUCAAGCGCACCGGCGCGAUUAUCGACCUCUCGGUGGGCGAUGGCCUGCUCGGCCGCGUCGUGGACGGGCUGGGCGACCCGAUUGACGGCCUGGGGCCGCUGACGGGCCAGCUCAGCCGCCAGCGGAUUGAGGUAAAGGCCCCGGGCAUUUUUGCCCGCCAGUCGGUGCACGAGCCGAUGGAGUCGGGCCUCAAGGCGGUCGACUCGCUCGUGCCCGUCGGCCGCGGCCAGCGCGAGCUCAUCAUCGGCGAUCGGCAGACGGGGAAGACCGCCGUCGCCAUCGACACCAUCAUCAACCAAAAGACAAUCAACGCCGCGGGCGACGACAAAAAGUCGCUGUACUGCAUCUACGUCGCCGUCGGCCAGAAGCGCUCGACCGUCGCGCAGCUGAUGAAGACACUCGCGGACCAGGGCGCCAUGGAGUACACCACCAUCGUGGCGGCCACCGCCUCGGACGCCGCGCCGCUCCAGUUCCUCGCGCCCUACACUGGCUGCGCCGUCGGCGAGCACUUCCGCGACAACGGCAAGCACGCGCUCAUCAUCUGGGACGAUCUCUCCAAGCAGGCCGUCGCCUACCGCCAAAUGUCGCUGCUGCUCCGCCGGCCGCCCGGCCGCGAGGCGUAUCCCGGUGACGUCUUCUACCUGCACUCGCGCCUCCUCGAGCGCGCGUGCAAGAUGUCGGCCGACCUGCAGGGCGGAUCGAUGACGGGCCUCCCGAUCAUCGAGACGCAGGCGGGCGACGUGUCCGCCUACAUCCCGACCAACGUCAUCUCCAUCACCGACGGGCAGAUCUUCCUCGAGUCGGAGCUCUUCUACCGCGGCAUCCGCCCCGCCAUCAACGUCGGCCUCUCCGUCUCGCGCGUCGGCUCCGCCGCCCAGCGCAAGGCGAUGAAGCAGGUUGCAGGCACUCUCAAGCUGGAGCUCGCCCAGUACCGUGAGGUCGCAGCCUUUGCGCAGUUUGGCUCCGACCUCGACGCGGCGACGCAGUACCUCCUCAACCGCGGCGCGCGCCUGACCGAGCUGCUCAAGCAGAACCAGUACGUCCCGAUGGAGUUCCAGGACCAGGUCGUCUGCAUCUACGCCGGCACGCGCGGCUACCUCGACAAGCUCGCCAUCACCGACGUCGGCCCGUACCAAGAGAAGCUCCUCGCGCACGUCAAGGCGACGGCGCCGGCGGUCCUCAAGGAGAUCGCCGACACGAACGAGAUCUCCCCGACGCUCGACGCGACGAUGAAGGACAUCUUCACAAAGUUCACCGCCGAGUUUUCGUCCUAGAUCCCACAGGCGGCCUGGUUCAACUGGCCAGUCCGCUCACUGCAAGCGCGCCUAGCGCGAGCCGCGCCUCGUUUGCCUCGCGAGGCGGGCACACUCCCAUGGUUCGGACGUGCAUUGCUGCAGCAUGACGUGGUCGGCGGCCGUCGGGGGGUGGGCGCUGCGGCUUGGUUGGGCGAGGCUUGUGUCGUCGUCGUCCCGUCCGGAAACGUGUGACCACAGCUGGCGAAGGGUGCCCUUAGUCUCGGUACCUCAGCGCGCGAGCGAGGCUGACUCAAAACAGUUUUGAGUCACUCGCCUU